GAGGUGCUGGAGGGUGAGUGGCAUGGCAUGGGGGCUAGGAUGCUGAGCAGUACUGUUUCGGAAGGUUCUUUGCAGGGGACUUGCUCACUUGGCUGAGCACAGGAGCAGUCUGACCCCUCUGGGACUGAUGACUUUCACAUCCACAAGCUCUCUCCCAUUCACCUCAGGGUUGGGUCAGAGGCAAAACUGUCGGUGAGACUGACAUUCUGGGGGAGAGAAGAGAAAGCUGCUGGGUGGCUGCAGCUUUCCUACCCCUCUUGCAGAGAGCAGCCCACCCUGCAGCAGACCCUAAGAAGUACCCUUCAUUCCUCACCCAGCACAGCUGGCUCUCCCCUCUGUGUGGGCUGAGGACAGCAGUCCCUGUGCCCUGCCACUCGGCUGUGCACUUCAUGUGGCUCAGCCCUGGUGAAAUGGCUCUCAGUUUGUUCUGAUACACACACCAAUCUCUGUAUCCUUAUCACAAUAAAGACUUCUUAACUCAUGCCAGCGAUGUUCUCACACUGCUUUCCAGAAGAUAGAAAUGGCCCAGGGGUAGAAUGGGGCUUUUGGUACAGAAGAUGGAAAAGUCUUGAGGUGAGGUUUCCUCUGCUGCCCACUGCUGUUCUGUGUCAGAUCUGGAGCUCCUGGUGGCUGGAGGUGCAGCAUCCCCUCCUGGCAUAGAAAUGCACCAUGUUCCUUCCUAGCUCCAGGCACCUCCUGGAAGGCACCUAGUGCCCAAAUCUCAUCUUUCCUUGGCUUCAUUUUAUCCUGACCUCCGCAAAGCAGUUUGUUCCCCCCUCCACACUGCAGAACUGCAUUCCUCUGUCCUUGCUAUCCUUCUCACUCACCCCAGCAUGACUGGCUCUGUGCCUUCAUGAUGAUCCCUGCAAAACAGGUGAAGGAUAUGAGGCUGUACCUCUCGCUUCAGGGCCGCAGCUCUGUCUGCACGUAGCUACAGCCCAGCCAAGGCAAACAUGCUUGUCACUGCUCAUUUUUCUUCCAGUGUACGCUCUCCUCAGUUUGCUCAUACUUACUGCUCUUCUCUUGAAUUUUCCUCACAUUUUCCAGCCUUUUUCUGGUAACAAGAUGGCCAGAAUGAAAUCUUAGGCACCACGAGGGAUCUGUCCAAGGCCAGGAUCCUGUCACCUGCAUGAGCAGAGGAGCAGUGGGGUUCAGGGCUGGGAUUUGGGAGUUGCAUUCCUCUCCAUUUCGCUGCUGUGGCACAGCACAUUCCUGCUCGUGCUUCCCCUUCUGCUUCAAAGUCACUCCAUCUUUGAACAUUCAGGGAGAGGGGAUGAUUUGUCCCAGAUGUAUUUGCUGCAUUUUCCAAAUGAUGUCUUUGUUUACUUCCUGUGCUGUUUCUAUGUUCUAUGUUGUUUGUUUCUGCUUCCAUCAGUGUUUUAACAUGUUGGACGUGUGAUCAAAUGCUUGCAUCUGGCCCUGUGUAGUUAAUAGCUGUGGAUGCCCUGUGGAUGUUCCCUGUGAUUUCAUCCCUCCCUUUUGCUCUCAUUGAACUCUCAGCUUUGAUGAGGUAAUUUCAUUGUGCAUUGUGUGCAGAGCUAUUUCCUUUUGCUUGAUUCAAACCUGCUGCCUGGUGGUGGGCUGCCUCCAUGCCUGUGUUAUGGAUAACACUGACUAAUUCUCCAGACCCAUCGCGUGUGAGAUGUGUUUUCCGCCCACCCCAAAUCUUGCUCACAGCUCUUUUUUAGGAUCCAGCAUUCUGCCAUUUCUUUUUCUUAUUUCCCACGUCAGUGUCACCCGUCUCCAUAGGAAAGUGUGCACUUUUCCACGUGUCCCCUGGCAGCUCCCUUCUAUCUCAGCCUGCCGCUUCCCCGCCAUACCCUGCUUACAAUGGCCCUGCAGUCUCUGCUGCUUCUCCAUGGCUUCCUACAGUGGAGCCAGAAUUCAAGUACGUGGGGAACAUGCACGGGAACGAGGUGCUGGGCCGUGAACUGCUGCUGCAGCUCUCCGAGUUCCUAUGUGAGGAGUACCGGCGGGGCAGUGAGCGGGUCACCCGGCUGCUGCACGACACACGCAUCCACAUCAUGCCUUCCAUGAACCCCGACGGGUACGAAGUGGCUGCCAAGCAGGGCCCAGAUGGCAUUGGGUACUUGACGGGGAGGAACAAUGCCAAUGGUGUGGACUUGAACCGCAACUUCCCUGACCUCAACACGUUCAUGUACUACAGUGGGGAAAUCAGCGGGCCCAACCACCACAUCCCACUGCCCGACAACUGGAAGAGCCAGGUGGAGCCCGAGACAUUGGCCGUGAUCCAGUGGAUUGGCAGCUACAACUUUGUGCUGUCGGCCAACCUGCACGGCGGCGCAGUGGUGGCCAACUACCCCUACGACAAGUCUCAAGACCAGCGGUUCCGGAGCCACCGGCGCACAGCCAACACUCCCACUCCUGAUGACAAGUUGUUCCAGAAGCUAGCCAAGACAUACUCGUAUGCCCAUGGCUGGAUGCACCGUGGCUGGAACUGUGGGGACUACUUUGUCGAUGGCAUCACCAACGGGGCGUCUUGGUAUUCACUCAGCAAAGGCAUGCAAGACUUCAAUUACCUCUACACCAACUGCUUUGAGAUCACCCUGGAGCUGAGCUGCAAUAAAUUCCCCCCCAAGGAGGACCUGGAGCGGCAGUGGAUGGCCAACCGGGAGGCACUUGUUGCCUUCAUUGAAGAGAUUCACCAAGGCAUCAAAGGGAUGGUUACAGACAAGAACAACAAUGGCAUUGCAGGAGCAGUGAUUUCUGUCCAGGGAAUCAGUCACGACGUCACCUCUGGUGAGAUGGGAGAUUAUUUCCGGCUGCUGCUGCCUGGCACUUACACCGUCACAGCCUCAGCAGAGGGCUACCAGCCUCAAACGGUGACAGCUACCGUGGGCCCGGCUGCACCUUCACUGGUGCAUUUCCAGCUCAAACAAGACAUGGUGAAGAAGGCCCCAGAGCGGAAAGCCUCAGGCACACGCACGAACAACAAAACCCUUCAGAAGAAGGUAGUGCCCAGAUCUGUGCGCCGGGGGACCCAGAGAUGAGGAUGACGCAUUUGUCUGAGAGCAGAGGGAAGCCCUUGUGCAAGGCCUGGCUGAAGACUCCAGCCAGUGAACUUUCCAUCAGUCCAGCAUUAAACUAGCCCAAGUUAUUAGGUUAUUAAAUAAGGAAAUAUUUAA